CCGCGUAUGCAUCUGAGUCCCCUACAAGAACGCCUCUAAAGGUUGUUUUGAGUGUCAAGCCUUGCGAUCUAUGUCCUGAUUAUUGGAUACAAAACCACAGUUUACAGAAUGAAGAGGAACUUAAGUUGUUGAGGGUGUGCCUGACAACCCACCUGUCUUUGUGGUUGUGAUGCAAGUAGCAGCAAUAGACACUGCAGUAGGAUGCAGGAGGAGGGCAGCGUGCAGUUUCUGCACCAGAAAAGUAAUUCUCCAGUAUGCUGUGCAUUCCAUCCCAAGGAUCGGUACACGUUUGCUUUUGGUGGGAGUGAUGGAGAGAUAGCAAUACUAAGUGCCCUAAGAGGAGAAUUAGUGCGCACAGUUUCUCUUGCUACUCUUAGCUUGGCACGUGCCCUUAAUGCCCUUACCUUCUCUCCUGAUGGAUCAAAGGUCAUUGCAACAUCUGUCUCCCGGAAAGUCAGCAUUGUGGAUGUGGAGAGAGGAACUCCUGUAUUGGCAUAUGAUAACUGUGUUAGUCCAGGGGAAGGUCGGCAACCAUUGGUGAUGCACCCCGGUCAGCCCUAUCUAGCUGCCUGCAUUACAGUUAAUGCAAGGGGGAUUACCCUUUUGGAUCUCAGGAUGCCACUGCCAUUCGAUUUUAUCUAUGAUUUACAUGAGGACAGCAUAAAUGACCUGUGCUUCCUGGAUGGAUCAUGGCCAUGGGGCUCAGGGAAACCUGUGUUGGUUUCUGGGUCGUCUGUUGGUCAGGUGAAAGUGAACAGCGUGGAUGGGCGUCCACUGUGUGCCUUCACUACAACCAAAACUUACCUCCUGUGA